GGAAGAGGAGGAGGUGGAUCAGAGGAAGUCUUCAUCCGUGGCCCCCAGGGGUGGAGUCCCCCCAGUUUCCCCUCAUGCAUGCAUCCGUGAUGCAGUUGCAGAUGAGCUGUUUGAUGACACAUGGAGGGAGGUGGUGGGCCUUCUGGAGGAGCUCUUACACAAGUACUGGGAGAAGCAGCUCCCGGAUGGAGCAAUGCAGAGGAGGACAUUAGAGAGCUCCAGUCAAGCGCCUUCAUCUCAACUCCCAGUUAAAGGACAUCAUCUUCUGUUGUCCAGAGGUUCCAGCAGCAGAACCACAUUCCUGUCAACAUGCAGCAAUAAUGUACAGGUCUCAAGUGCCUACAAGAUUAAUUUAAACGGUGUUAUGACAAUCCAAGCAAAGCCACUGCAACAGAGACAUCAGGGAUUUAGUGAGAGAGCCCUGUAUGACCCAGAUGAUGGAGCGAGCAUGUUGAUGUGUGUGAAGACUCAGGCUCUGAGAGGGUCCGGUAUACUCAUACAGAAACCCGCAGCCCAGCGCAGACUCCCCAGACUCAGUGGCAGGGUUCGAAUGUUCCACAACCUCACAGGAAACGGAAGCCAAAUCUUACGAGGAACUAGACUGUGA